AUGAAGCCAGUGGUAUCAUCCGGUAAAGCUUGGUUCUGCACCGUAAUUUCGGCGUUCGGUGUCGUGAUCCUUUCGGUGAUCGCUCACCUAUUCAACACCAACCACGAGUCUUUCGUCGGGUCCAUCAACGACCCCGAGGAUGGACCAGCGGUUGCACGCACAGUUUUUAUGGCCGUGCUCGUCUACGCAGUAUUCUUCGUGUUUUGUGGGUCCCAGAUUUGGCUCGGCAAGAAGAAGCCCGCGAUUGAACUACGUUGA